AUGCCGGCCAAGACUGUGAAGUUUGAGGAGUUCCAAGAUGUAAUGCUUCCCGCUUCCUGUUUGUGUUUGCACUAUUGUCCUUGGCUGGAAAGAUGUAUUUGCUCACCGCAGAUGUCUGCAGCCAACCUGGCAUCGCAGCAAGCAUCUGCAGCUCGAUUUCAGCCUGAUUCAGUCCAAAAGCACAAGGUUGCAAAAGCAGUUCGGAGAAUGCUUUCUCGUGCGUCAGCCCAUCCAACAGCCCGCAGGGCAGAUUGUGAAAGUCAGCAAGACUUGCUGGAUCGGUCAAGAAGAUGGGGUGAGCUCGGGGCACUUCAAGCCAGGGUGCGAACUGCCAGUCUUCAUUUGGGUGCAACCGAUCCACUUGUGAAGCACAGCCAUAAAGUUGUAUCCAGGGCAUCGUCAGUUCGGCAGUACUGCAUGAAUGCAUACAUUCAGCUAUCAAUGCACCGGUUGCCGCAGGUCAUGGAUGAGAUCAUGGGACACAUGUUUGAGCUGCACCAGCUGCUGUUAGGUCUUGGUCUGUGGGACGAUCCCUUCCUGUCCUGGGCUCGUGAGGCAGAGGCUGUCUGGCGCAUCGAGCAGCCCCGUCUCAGACAUUUUGGGAGUGCGCUUAGCAGUCCUUCGGAUUACUGUGAGGCAUGGGUACGAACAGUCCUUGAAUCAGACCCCAUGCUGCUCCGAUCAUUCAAUCGGGCAAUGACGAGCGAGUUGCUAAAAUUUCCAGAUGCCGGCUCUGUCCUGGCGAGAUCUAUAGGCAACUCACUCGAGGAAGUCAAACUGCCAUCAGUCCAAGCAGAGGUUCGUCACAUUGCCGCAGCUCUUGGAGUUCUAGAGAGCCAAUGGCUGGAGCAUGCCUUGCUUCGUCAAGUCCAAGGCAGGACGAGCCUUGAUACAGCAGCUGGUCUUGGUGACAUCCGCGCUUUGUGUGCUCUGAUCUCCGCACUUCUCACGGAAGUUGUCAUCAUUCAGCCAAAGGCAUGCGCCCAGCUAGCACGUGAAGCCCGGCAUGCUCAGGCAAUGUCUACCUUACCACAGGCACAGCGUGCCAUACAGCAGCUGUGUCAGAGAUUAGGCAUCCAUAAACAGGACAUGAGCUACCUAAGCCUCGAGUUGCUUAGCAACGGGGGUUUGCGGGUUGGAUUUCAGACAGUGUGGGGACAUCCCACAGCUCAAAGUGCUGUGGAAGCUAUCGGUGCUGGAGCUGUCGUCGAGAAGAAGAUGCCGCUGGGUGAGUUGCAGCGGUGGCAGCCUGGGGUGGAAGCUCUGAAGCAGGCAUCCGGCAAAGACUAG